AUGAAGCAGCCGCAGUUGCAGGAGAGUAUGAAGCGGCCGCCGCAACAGGGCAGCAUGAAGCGGCCGCAGUGCCAGGGCAGUACGAAGAAGCUGCCGUGCCAGGAGAGUAUGAAGCGGUCGCCGUACCAGGAGAGUAUGAAACGGCCGUCGUACCAGGAGAGUGUGAAGCGGCCGCCGCGCCAGAAGAGUAUGAAGCGGCCGCAGUGCCGGGGCAGUAUGAAGUGGCCGCAGUGCCAGGAGAGUAUGAAGCGGCCGCCGUACCAGGGCAGUACGAAGUGGCCGCCGUGCCAGGGGAGUAUGAAGCGGCCGCCGUACCAGGGGAGUAUGAAGCGGCCGCAGUGCUAG